AUGCUUGUAUACCUUGCGACCCUGGAAAGUGGCACUCCAAUUCAGUGCGAAGCAGGUCACGAGUGCCCUGAGGGAUCUGCCUCACCAACCCCUUGCAAACCGGGCACAUACGCAGACACAAAAGGGCUUGAUAAAUGCAAAGAGUGCCCAGCAGGAUACUUCUGCGACUCCACCGUCGACGCGCCAACGGAAAGUAAAAAGUGCCCCCGCGGAUACUUCUGCCCUGCUGGCACUGCAUCUUCGCAUGAAAACCCCUGCCCACAGGGGACAAUCAACAAGGAAGAAGGAGCCACUUCAUUAGAUAACUGCGUACCGUGCCCAGCAGGUCACUACUGCGUGGGACCAGCGGCUUCCACGGAAACUGGAGAGGUUGAUGGCGGAUAUUACAGCAUGGGCGGUGCCAUGUCCCCUAGACCAGUUCCAGGAUGUAGGAUACUGGCGGCUCUUGCUGGUGUGCAGAAGACAGCUUGCAAAGGGCUCGAAUCACCCAUACUCGCCUUUUCGGAUGCCACAACCAAGUGCUUAGAGAAUGAUGCAUGCCAGGGGAUUGUCGAAACGCCAGAAAAAACAUUUUUCCUCAGGUGCGGGAACUUCAGCAGGGUUUCUGAUGAAAAGCUGAGCUUCUUCCACCCGAAACUUUGCACAAUUGGAGGCAUGUGCAAGCCAGGAACAUAUUGUCCAGUAGGAACGACGGAGCCCCACAAGUGCCCGGAAGGGUCGUACUGCGCACUUCAUGGCCUCACAAGUCCUUCUGCAAAAUGUGUAGCUGGAUACGUCUGCCCGGGGGGUCAGUGA